AUGUCAUCGCCAGAGGCAUCGCAGCGGUGGCAUGCACGCUCAGAGAAGCUAGCAAGCAUACCGGUGAUCCCAGUGCUGGCCAUCAAGUACCCAAAAGAGUUGCAUUCUACCUCGAAAGCGACGGCAAACUCACCGACCACAUUUUCGCCCUUCCUCACGUCUGGUCAGACGCCAGACGAUAUGGGCACGAGAGGCGGAUUGGCUGCCGCGUUGGCCGAGACGAGCCCCCUCGGCCAGCGCAACAGCAGCUCCAACGGCACCACGCCUGUCUCAGACGAUGGACAGUGCUCCGGCGAAACGGAGGUGGUGUGCACACAGUUUCAAUAUCACGAGAACUCAGAUUCCUGCGAAUGCCCCAUGUGCAAGCUGACACUUUACAUUUCCUAUGUGUACCGCGACCAGCGCCGCGCCUCCCCGCAUGUGAUGGCGGCACGUCCCUCACCUGAGUACGUAAUGGCCCCGGAUGGGUCACUACCAAUACUGACACCGAUCUACAAACCAGAUGGCGUGUCAGUGUGCCCGGUGUACGCCGCGUUUGCCUUCUGCCCCUUUCUUAGUGGCUGUUUCUUGCCGCACGACGAGGCCAGCUGUGCCUCUGCGCGAGUGCUGCGACUGGCGUCGGCGGAGGAGGAGGUGGCGCGGCUGACGCAGCGGGCGAGGGAGCUGCAAGGCAGCGAUGUGUGGGCGUGUGAUGUGUGUGGCUACUCCGGUAUAGAUGAGUUUUGCGAGGCGGCGCUGGGCACGGAGCACCACUUCCGCCAGUGUCCGCGCUGUACGUUUAUGUGUUUUUUUCCAUACAUCACGUACCUUGUGGAGCACAUUCUACGCAGCGUUGGAGACGAUUACCAGCUGUAUAAGACGGAGGUGGAUCGCUACCGAGGCCUGCUGCCAGACUUGUUUAAGAUCCCGCUUACCUUUGAGGCCCACCGUGUGGCGAAUAUCGUCUUUGCAUGGAGCCUCCUCUCACCAGUACACGCACGUGACGCGAUGAACAGUAUUGUGCAGGAGUUCCCUAAUGUUGAGGCCAUCAUCAGCGUCGGGAGCGGUGCUGGAUACGUAGAGCACGUCUUCAACCGUGUCAUGCACCAGGUGCCGCUUCAAGAGGAGUGGGCGGUGGAUCGAAAGCGCUUUCCUACGAUGUCCUUCGACAACGUGCGGUGCGACUUCUACGGUGAGCGCACCAUCCCCAUCUUCGCCUUUGAUGCGCUCGCGCUGAAAAAGACUUACAGCGUGCACGUUUCCAUGGGGGGCCCGAUCUCCCUCUACUCGCUCAACUGCAAGCAGUCGGUGCUGCUGCUCUGCUGGCCUCCGUUUGGUUCGCGAGAGCGGGAGGAGAGCUCGAUGGGUUUUGAGGCGCUCGAGUACUAUACUCGGGAGGGCGGCACGAUGCUCAUUUACAUCGGCGACACCGCCGCCACAGGGGACUGGCGCUUUCACAUGCUUCUCAAAUCCUACUACAAGCUCAUACGAAAUUACCCAGUGCGCCGAGAGCUGCGUCGGUGGUGCCCGCAGGAGAUGGGCUUCGUGUAUGGCGGCAACGACACCAUCGGUGUCUACCGACUGCGCGAGACACCGCUGCCCUCGGUGGGUUUGCAUUAG